AUGGCAUGCAACUCAUCUCGACAUACUCGACAUACUGUUAACGACAGCCAAGACCAAGGCUCACAAAUCACCUUCGACGAUUGCACAACCAAGAUAGUCGGACUCAAAUGGCUCCCUCAAGAAAAUACACUUGCAUUCUCAACCAGGAACUCGCGUACUGAAGGAGCUGUGGCUGCUCAAGUCAUCCAAUGGGAUGACCCACUGGCGUCCCAGCUCUCAACCCGGUGGCUCAUCCUCAGAGAAGAACUCACAGACUUGAUCAAGUUCUCAAUACCAACGUGGUUCAACACCUGGAGCAACUCUUCUGUGGAACUGCAAGGCUUCUCUGACGCUUCUCAAUUGGCAAAGACUGCAGUCGUAUACAUCUCCGUUCACGACUCAACUGGAUCCACGAUUUCACUUGUGUGCUCCAAAACUAAGGUAGCACCUCUCAAGCAGCUCUCAAUUCCUCGACUUGAACUCACGGCUGCUCUACUGCUCUCUCGACUCAUGCAAUACGUCAGAGCCACUUUAAACAUGGACGUAACGGCAACUCACCUGUGGACGGAAUCUCUUGUGACACUUUCAUGGAUCAGAUCUCAUGCAUCACGCUGGAAGGAUUUUGUCAGAAACGGGGUGGCUCAACUUCAAGAACUCACUCCAGCAGCUCACUGGAGAUACAUACCUGGAACUUCCAACCCGGCUGAUUGCGCAUCACGAGGCCUCUCGACUGCUCAACUUCAAAGUCAAUCACUUUGGUGGACGGGACCACCAUGGAUACUCAACCCAGACUCAUGGCCGUCGCAACCAGCACUCUCCGAAGAGUUGAGUGCAACAGAAGCUCACCCAGGCGUUUCGCUAUUGACGGUUACGCCAAGGACUGAUUAUCGAUGGGAACUCAUCUACAGGUACUCAAGCCUCACUAAACUAUUGAGGAUUACAGCUCUCUGUUUUAAAUUCGUCUCACGGUUGAGGAAGGUCCACUACUCAUUGCCUGUUAGACACAUCUCUCCAGAGACCUUGGAGAAAGCGAGGCUCUUCUGGAUUCAGGCAACUCAAGCAACGUACUUCUCUCACGAGCUCAAGGCGCUACAAGCAGACUCACCGUUGGCAAAGGCACACGCAUUCAACCGAUUAACUGCGUACAUCGACGCUCAAGGAGUCAUUCGCGUCGGCGGACGACUCGCUCACGCAGCUCUUUCAUCCGAUGCGACACAUCCUGUAAUGUUGCCUCGUCACUCUCAGCUGUCGUCAUUGAUCAUCGCUUACGCUCGUCAACGGACUCUACAUGGAGGCACGCAGCUUACGCUGUCGCACAUCCGACAACAAUACUGGAUUCUCGGCGGAAGGGCUCCUGUCAAGUCUCACAUUCUGCGAUGUGUCACGUGUGCUCGGCAGAGGAGGAUCCGUGCUCAUCAACUGAUGGGCCAACUACCCUUCUCUCGGGUUACGCAGACACGACCGUUCACUCAUACAGGUGUGGACUACGCAGGGCCACUCACCGUCAAAGCCUGGAAAGGAAGAGGUGCCAAGACCACUAAAGACUGGAUUUACGUCUUUGUCUGCUUCUCAACUUCAGCAGUACACCUAGAGGCGGUCAGUGACUACUCAUUCAAAGGGUUCAUUACCGCCUAUCGACGCUUCUCAUCCAGACGCGGCAUUGCUCACACCUCACAAUCAAACUGCGGCACCAAUUUCAUUGGCACGGAUACAACUCUCAAAAGGCUGUUUAUCCAGAGCACUCAAAAACAUCAGCGCAUUUCUCAACUGCUCUCGCAAGACAACACCCGAUGGGAGUUCAAUCCCCUAGCGACACUUCACAUGGGAGGAAAAUGGGAGGCCGUCGUAAAAUCAAAG